CCUGUUACAGCUUGCUACGUACUAAUUCGGCCAAGGUAUCGCAUAGGCGUCAAUGACCUGUCGUUUCCAAUCUCGCUUCGACUCAUGGGUUGCAACAAGGUACAUACAAUAUCGACGAAAUCGUUCUUUGAGCCGCAGCCGGCGACCUCUCAAGCCGCAGGGCCGUCAGUGUGAUGUGGUCCCGAACGAUCGUCAGCUACCCGAUUGCCGAUUAUUGUCGGCACCCGUUCCACCGGACAUCAACCACUCUGGACGCUGGGUUUCUAAGCUGGCACCAGAUUGCAUGUGUGACUUUGGUCACAAGGUUUGCCCUUCCCUCGCCAGCAUCGCCGCGCCAGGAGGUCCAUCGACAUUCCAGGGUCCUCUUGGAUGUACAGUCUUGGGCUCGCGUGGCACAACGCGCCGAGUACCGCAGAGGGAGCCUGUACGGCACAGGAGGUUACCGCAAAAGACCGACCCAAGUGAACGGUGGAAUUCGCCUGGGAACGAACCCCAGCGGCUCAAACCAUCCAUGGAUGGCGACGCCCGCCAUCCGUACACGACUCCCAUCAUCCGGAUGUGAGAUUGAUU